UCGAACACGGCCGAAGGUGAAACCCGCGAGCCGUCGUAGUCUCGCAGUCGGCGCGAGACCGCGCUACUGGAAGGGUCGGUGUGUUGUCAUAUAUGUGAAUGUACGCAAACGCCUCUCUCAGAUUCUCUCUUUCCACCGCACUCACCUUAUAUUCACCUCACUCGCACGAGAAUACCGACAACGACAAACAAAACCAUUAGACGACAGAGUAUAGGAGAAAACGCGCGAGGAAAGAAGAGACGAAGUUGGCUGCGUGUCGCGAACCACCCCUUCCCGCUCGCCGAGUGACCGAAGCAGAGAAACAGUUUUUUUUCUCAUCUCGUACGUAGAGGAGAGACGACCGCGUUCGCAAACCGCGUCCAAAAGUUAAGUACACGCGAUCGAAAUUUUCACAUACAUUUACAGCGUCGCUGUACGACAAUUUACACAGUACGAUAUCAACACGGUGAGCCAGGGGUGUGAUCUUAGAGAAGAGAAGUUACACGAUCGGUUGGAUACCGACGGACCGAAGAAGUCUGUGAUCUCGAUGUGCCUGGUUGUAUAUUGUUUACGAAACGUAUCGGUUCGUAGCGUGUUUAUGCGCAGCUCACGAACAGAACUGGGAAGAAGUGCGUUCGCAGGAACGUGUGUGUUUACCGAGCAAAGGAUACGCUUUUGACGACUUUGAUCGUCGAUCAACGAGGAACUUUUCCUCUUUAAAAUCGUAGUGCCAUUUUGUUUAAUGAAAUUAAAGUAGUGAGAGACAGAAAAACGAGUGUCGUGCCGCUGUAUUACCGUUUAGAUAGGAAAACGAAAAAGGAAAGAUAACAGGGGCGCAGCGUGGAUUGUGUGUGAUAUUCCAUCUACGAUCGAUCAUCGUAGUAUUACUGGUGUUGAUUGUUGUUUGAUAGUCGUCUAUAUCUACCGCCCGAGUUGUGUUAACGACCGUGUAAAGAAACUCGUUGCGACGGCUCGGAGACGAUCGCUACUGUGAUAACGAACGAUAUUCGUUUUGAAAUUAUGUUCAGUGCCUGCCUCUGUGAUCCGUGACAUUACUACCGUCGGAAGUAUACCUCGAAACCGUCGACUAGAUCACCACGUUUAAGUGUCAGAACAGAAGGAGUUGAAUUUUGAAAGCAUCGGAUGCGCGGGAGCCUUUAACGAUCACCGGGACGAGGUGGGAGGCAGUACGGUGGUAGCCGAGGGUGUAGUAGGCGGCAUAAAGGGCCCAGGCGGCGGGUGCCGCGCAUCCUCGAUGACGAUGGCCGAGAGCGCCGUGGAGGACGCUGCAGCCGCGCCCCCGGGUCCGGCCAAGCCGCCACCGCCCUCCUGUACCAACAAUAACACCCUAGCGGCGACUGCGAACCGGAACCAUCGGAACCUCCGCAGAAGGAAACGACUCGACCAGGUCUUGGACAUUCUGCAACACCGGAGUUCGCCAUCGGAGGGUGAAGUAUUGAAGUUCGAGGGAAGCGUACCAGCGUCCGAAGAGGAAGAGGACGUGUUCGGUUCGCCCAGGUCGUCCUCGAGAUCAGCCACGGAUCCACCGUCCGGAAUCAGUUUGCUACCCCUGAGGCUGAAGAGCGAGGAGCCCGUGACGUCUACCGAGGAGGAGUCGAACGCGAACGAGACCAACACCACCGACCAACAACAGCAGAAUCAUCAUCCUCAUCAUCCGCACUAUCACUCGCAUCAUCAUCGUCACCGGCACAGGCAUCAUCACAGAAACAGCAACGCCAAUCACCUGUACGAUCAGCUUCACCCGCCUCAUCAGAGAUCCCCGGUGCCCAAAUAUGCGGGAUGCACCUGCGUUCAGUGUUCCCAAUCGACCACCCCUCCGAUGGUGCUACCCUCGCCGACAUCUCCGUUGACUCCUCUCACACCGCUCACUCCGUUAACUCCGCUCACUCUGCCGCCGUUGACGCCGGGAUCCCUAUCGUCGUACAGUUUCGAGCACUACAUGCACACCAAGUACCUGCCGGAUAUCUUCAGAGGACGCAGUCAUUCGGACUCGGACCUGGUGCCAGGAUGGGACCAGAAGCCUCCGCUCUCGACCUCGUCAGUCUUCUUCAACCAUCCGUUGAGGAGCGGUUUCUUGGAGAGCGAUACGACCAGUCCUCAAGAGUCGCCGUUGGAUCUUUCGAUGAAGAGUCUAAUGGCGUCGGCCGCGGCGGCAGUUUCCGGUAGACCGCCGGCCCUCCAGUUACUCCCACCGGGGAUCGUGUCGAGGGGCUCGGUGAGCGUUCCAGUAGUAAAAGGCGACGUGGCGUCGCCGACGACGAAGGAGAGCGUCGCCGUGAGGUACAACCUCGAGGUAUCUCCCGUGGUGGAGGAGAUGCCGCCCGGAGCGGACGUGGCGUACGUUUGCCCGGUCUGCGGGCAAAUGUUCAGCUUGCACGAUCGUCUCGCCAAACACAUGGCCUCGAGGCAUCGCAGACAGGGUCCUCAGGACGCGUCAGCGAAGGCGUACCUCUGCGACGUAUGCAAGAGGAGUUUUGCCAGGUCGGACAUGCUCACCAGACACAUGAGACUGCACACGGGCGUCAAACCGUACACGUGCAAGGUUUGCGGCCAGGUAUUCAGCAGGUCGGAUCACCUGAGUACCCAUCAGAGAACGCACACAGGCGAGAAACCAUACAAGUGUCCGCAGUGCGCGUACGCCGCCUGUCGCAGAGACAUGAUCACCAGGCACUUGAGGACCCACGCCAGAUUUCCCGACGUUCAGACGCCUAAGAGCGAACCUGGCCUUCUUGCUGGCGAAGAUAGCCCCACGUUUGCGCAGGAGCUAGCCUCCCCUUCGGCAACGAUCAAGGCCGAAUGACGACGGCCAGGUGGAUGACCGCCGCGUUUCUCGCCCGUGACUCCAAACGGAUUUCGAGAAGGUGAGCUUCGACCAGCUUCGACGAACGGUUUCGGCGCCGAAGUUGCGAGGUCUCGACAGAGACGAUGACAAGACACGAGGAUCGCAGAGGACAACGACGGAAGGCAAGAUCGAUUCGUCUGGGUGGAAUUGGCCCAACGAUUCACCAGACCCUACGAUUCGGUUAGAAUUAAGGAAAUUUUUCGUUAUUUUGUCGUUUUCGUAAAAUUUGUCGUUAUCGUAUAACGAAAUACAUAGCGUUAUCGGUCUUGAAAUUUUACGCGUUUUUUAACAGUAUUAUAUGAUAUUCGUCUUCCCCGUUGUUUCUCCUAGAAACUCGUGCGACGUUCAUCUUCCGAAGUCCUUUAUUGUUCAUCGAAAACUUGGCUGUUCGGAGAUCAUUUCGAAAAUGACUGUCAUCUCGCGUGAAAUAUUCGUUUUGUAUCUGGAAAUUUAACAAACUGUCAAAUGAUUCUUCUAUUCGCGUAAAAUAGAUCGAUUCUUUUCGACAUUGCAAACUUUUUUAUUUAUUUCCUAUUUUCUGUUGAUCCGCGAGAGUAUCGUUCAUCGUCGGAAUUUCUCCGAACAACCGAUCAUUGUUAAACGAUGGUUAGUCUCUCUCAGACGACAUUUUUGCGCACGAAACGGAAACGAUUUGAAAGCAUUCCCGCGGGGAAUUGCACGCGCAAUUCACGCAUAUCCGCGCUCCGAAGGUUCGAAAUUCGAAACAUGACGGUAUGUUCAAGAAACUUCGGUAUGUUCGAGAUACUCGCGAUCUUUUCGCGAUGUCAAUCUUCCAUCGAAGUGUAUCGUUGUUUCGCGAGAAAGGAGACGAAAAGAGGAGAAACUUGUGCCAAAUUUUCACGGUCGAUCCGUUGUUAAGCCUCGUUCACAUGGUUACAUAUCGGUCGAGUUGAGUACGUUGAAAAAAAGAUCGUUGGUGAUGUUCGUUAUCUUUAUAGUAAAGGAACACUUGUCUCUUUCUGAAUCUGAUACCAUAAUCAUUUCAUGCUCGUUUCCCUUUUGGUUCGACUAUAAAUUAAUUAUUUAAACUCUCGGUUAUUUUAAACUAUUUUUUCAUAAAAUGGUUUUAAAAUAAAACUAGAUGGCUUGUAACGAUUCUUUCAGAAGUAAGACACACAUGAAAAUAGAUUCGACGCUUCGAGGAAAGCUGGUGAAAGUAAUAUUUAUUCGUCAACAACGAUCUUUCCGAAACUCAAACGUUGUUACUCAAAAACGAAAUCCUCAAUUGAGAAGACUAUCGUUUGGUUGUUGAGAAAACAACACUGUUAGCUAUUAUAACGACUAUUAAAACAGGAGAGAGAGAGAGAGAGUGUGUGUGUGUAUGUGUGAGUGUGCGCAUGUUGCUUUAUUGGGUAUUGUGAACUUCCUGUCGACAGCGUCGUGUUAUAUAUUUAUCGAAAAUUCGUUUGUUACUCGCGAAAACAGCGUGAAAAGGGAAGGCAGUCGAGCACUUUUGAACGCUGCCUUUCGAGAAGAUUUCAGUCUCGAGAAGAGAGAAGGGACGCAGAUGGAACCGCGAGACGCGACGAUUUUUCUUCGUGUGCGAAGGAAAAUGAAGGAAACGAAAUAAAAACUAAAAGAAAGAGAACGAACGUAACCGUACCUGCAGAAAGAAAGAAACUUAAAGCAUAAUAAAAGCGUUUAGAUGUAACGUUAAUUAGUGGGUAACGUUAAUAUUAUUAUUGCGUUUUAUUAUUAUUAUUAUUAUUAUUAUUAUUAUUAUUAUUAUUAUUAUUAUUAUUAUUAUUAUUAUUAUUAUUAUUAUUAUUAUUAUUAUUAUGGAUAUUAAUAUUAAUAUUAAUAUUAUUAUUAUUAUUAUUAUUAACAUCAUUCUCAUAUUGUAAACUGUUCGGAGUGAGAAUGUUGCGAAAAGCGUGCGUAAGAAAGAGAGGAAGUUAUUUUUUUAUACGAAGAAAUUUUGCGAAAGGGUCGCGAGAGAGGUAAAGGAAAAGGAACACCGAGCGCGGGCUACGUGUUAUCUAACUGUAAAUUCAUUUAGUAUCGAAAUUUGCAAAAAUUCAAGAUCGAACUUAAAGGGUAUAUUCUCCUGUUUAAGGGAAGGACUAGCCCACUGUCGGAGUUCUCUUCCAAAGUGGCGCUCUCUCGCGAAGCAGGUGGACGAAACGCCUUCGACCAUUUCGCGUUUCCGGUCCACGGUGACCAAUUCAUUAACUAGUGUAUUUCGUCGAAGCGCGGUCUGAAUUCGACCGUUCGGGAUUUUGCGGCGCGGACGAUUCCUCGAAAAAAAUACUCACUGGUUCGACUGGCGGAUCGCGUUCUCGCGAUCGCGAGAAAGAUGACAAACGUGUACUCGACUAUCGAACACUUUGUCGACAGACGCUUUAAGUGAAAGCUUGUUACAAUUUCAGAAAAUAGAAAAAUUCUAUUAAAAUUGAAAAGAAAUACGCGGCAAUCGGAAUUAAUUAGAAUUAAAAUCGCAAAGCGAGUCAUAAAUAAUCUUGUCGCGAAUAUCAAAUGUGAUAGAGAUGUGUCGAAAAAAGCGUCGACGACACAGUGUCUUCGCGUAUGACGUUUCAUCGGAGACUACACGCGGUGUCAGCUAUAUACUUCAACCUUGCUCAACCUCGACCGUUUCGCCUUUUUCCUUGCCAUAACUCGGCCGCUGUCCAGUGUGUCUCCCGUUCGUGACCACGGUAAAACGGGCAGUGACGAAUAUCGCGAGUCACGCCCUGUGUAAACACGCACGAUGCUCAUCCGUAUUAACACACGCGACCACACAUGAUAUUGCAUAUACACGCUCAUAGACACAGAGACAGAAUACAAUAUUGUACAUCCAUAGACGCGUUGUUCAGGAAAUACACGGUGGUAAGGUGCGCGUAGUUGAAAGACGCGCGCACGCGCAGGUACGUAUAGCUGUAUUUUUGUAUACCGAUGUUUUUUCUAAUUAGUCUACCGUUUUAAGCGUUUCGAGAAGGAACGGAACGUGUAAUUAGCCGUUAAGGGGAAACUGUCGCUCUCUGCUUGCCAUUUUAACUUGCCUCUGUCGAUCGAACGAUUACUCGGAAGGCGGCUUGUCGGAGUGACAAGAGAAGGAUACACGAAGGAGAGACCUCGAGGCGGAAGGUUUCGUUUGAUGGGCCUCGACGUUUUCUUCGCGGAGAUUGUUCGUAUUUCGAAACAUUGAAAUUACGUUUUGUAAAUUCAGAAACUUAUAUUUUGAUAUCGUGAGAAAUUGUGCAGUUUGUUUUUGCUAUUUUUUAUUUUCUACUUUUCUUUUUUUAAUGAUAUUUUUGUCCUUUUUUUGCAUAAUUACUUUCUUUCCUUUUCUUUUUUUUUUCGAUAUGAAAUCACAAGGAUAAAUUUGGAUGACAUAAAUUGGAACAUAAAUGGUUGUCCGAUCUAUUAAAUUUUCGUUGUAUCGAAACUUCCGAUUCGAUAUCUGACCUUCGCGCGAUUCAGCCUUAAACCUGAGAGAAUCUCUCGCGCAACGAGCCCUUUUUCGCUUGAUGAGACAUAUGUAGAUUGAAACGAAACGAUAUAGAAGGGACAUAAUUGUAUAGUAAAAGAAAGACAAAAGAAUAAGAAAGAUGCGACACGCUCGUCGUGUCUGCAGGCAAUUAAGCGAUCGCCGUGCCAGACAACCUGUUCUUGUAAUUAUUAACACUCAUUUAGCCAUUCGUAUGAUUAUAAUUAUUUCUAUUAUUAUUAUUAUUAUUAUUAUUAUUAAUUAUUAUUAUAUUAUUAUUAUUAUUAUUAAUUAUUAUUAAUUAUUAUGCCUAGUUACGUUGUUAAGUGAUUAAUCAUGUUUAAUGCUUCUAUUAUUUAUUUUGUUAUCCUAUUCGCAAAUCAAGCUUCCUAUUUUUCGUCCUAUUCUUACAUUCUUCCUACCCUUUUUCCCUUGUUUCUCGUUUCAUCGAAAAAUCCUGUCCGAUUCUCGUUCUUUUCAAGGUGAAGAAGAGCGCUCGGUUUCAAUUACAAACAUCCGUCGCAUUUAUAAGUUCGUAUUCCGGCUUCUUCUCCGCCCUUCCGCGUCAUUUCCUCUUCUGCACAUUCUGCGCAAAAGAAGUAAAUGGCAAGGAACGACGAGAACGGUCCUUCCCGCGAUGAUUUUUACGGUUCCGUGACAUUCUGUUUACGUUUUGUAUAACGACGAACAAGAGAUUCGACAAAAGCAAAAGGAACAAAAAUAGAAUAAAAAUAAAGCGCUCACAAGGGUUUCUGUAAAUUAUUGCCGACGACGAUUGUGUAUGUUAAUUUAUAAAUUAUGUUGUGUUUACGAAUCGUGCCAGAAUGGAAAAAAAAUAUAAUUUUUCAACGAACUGCCACGCGCGUUUUCAUUCAGUCCAUCACGAAUCAUUCCAAUGUAUUCCCCGAUAUUUCCCUCUUUAUUUUCAUCUUCGUUUUUCUUCACUUAGGUCUUUCCAUUCGAUUCUUUUUUUAUUUAUUUUCCUUUUAUUCGUGGGUUUAUUUAAUCCGAAAAUUAUCACGAAAACGGUGCCGUGCCUUCAUCGUUGUAGCGUUUGGAAAGAGAUUGGGGUGUCGCCGAGCCUCGUCGAAUCAUAGAAUACAUAUCAUCUUUUAAGGCUGAAGAUACACGGUAAGAACGUACGUAGAAAAUGAAAUAUUUUUUCAUGGUCGGUGAAAUAAUACAGGAAAAACUUAGCAACUGUAUCUGUCUAUCGCUUGCGUACGAUCGGUGUUGCGCAAAACGAAUCGACGAUUGCAUGUCUUCACGGCCUUUUUUAAAGGAAAGGGCUCGAACGGAUUUUGCGAUGUUCCCUUUGUACCCGUUUCUACGAUCACGAGUCGAUAAUCCUUGUAUCUGUACAUCGAACAACAAACUGAAUCUGUAUGUUGCUGCACUCUUACGAUGAAAAUAUAUAUACACGUUAAUUGUUUCUA